UGGACAGACGAGUUUCAGUCAGACUCAUAGCUCAGAUCAGUGGGUGUGAAGGUCGAUGUUGGCUGAGUUUUGACCAGCAGGAAGAUUUCAGGACAGAAGAAGAACAAUGGGUCAAGCUCGCAGCUCAACCUCCACUCAGGUGGUCCUGAUGGGUUUGGACUCAGCUGGAAAGUCAACUCUACUGGCCAGACUGCUAACAGGACAGGUGAUGAAAACAUCGCCAACCAUCGGAUUCAACGUGGGAACUUUGGACCUGGACAAGAAGACGUCUCUGACUGUGUGGGACGUUGGAGGACAGAAGAGCAUGAGACCCAACUGGAGGCACUACCUGGACGACUGUAAGGCUCUGGUUUUCGUGGUGGACAGCAGUGACCAAACCCGGAUGCCGGAGGCCCAGAAAGCCCUGAAGAAGGUCCUGGGUGAUGAGAAGUUACAAGGGAUCCCUUUGAUGGUUCUGGCCAACAAAAAGGACCUGCCAAAGUCGAUGACCAUACGAGAGAUCUCCAACCAGCUGGAUCUGCCCAGUUACACCAACCGGCUGUGGGAGAUUCAGGCCUGCAGUGCUCUGAAGGGACUCGGCCUGCAGCAGGCCUUCUUGUCUGUCAACAAACUAAUCAAUAAGAGCUGAGGAGGAGGAGGGGGAGGGGGAAAUGAUGGGAAGGAGAUGAUUAAAACUAAAACUUUUUAAAACAUUUAUUUAUACUGAAUAAAACUAUUUGAACGUAAUCAUAAA